CUGGCCGACACACAGGCGCUCACGAGUCGCUCCUUGCCAGCGCGCAGGGCAGCGACCCCCUCCACUCAGCCCCAGGGCCUGCCCUCGGCCAGCAGCUGCCUGUCUCCAGACGGCUCCCCGCGGCCUCGGUCCGUCACCUGGACCCGACCCUUUGGCCACUGCUGCUACUGUCGGGCCGUGGAAGAAGCAGGAGGCGCCCGGCCAAGACACCCUGACGGGGAGGACGCGCUCCUACCGCUAAGGGCACGGGUGAGGUACUUACAGAAUACUGGACAUACAGAUCUAGGAUCUAUAAGACUUUAUCACCUUGAAUCAAGGAUUUCUUUGCUCUCCUCCUCCACCUUUUAUUUAUAUCAACUAACAUAUUUUUAAAAAGAAUUAAUAAAUCUGCCAAAAGGGAAUUUUAAAAAAUACCACUACCCGCGCUUUCCAAUGCCUAAGAACAGCAAGGUGGUAAAAAGAGAAUUAGAUGAUGAGGUUAUUGAGUCUGUCAAAGACCUUCUUUCCAAUGAAGACUCAGCUGAUGAUGCUUUUAAGAAAAGUGAACUAAUUGUUGACGUCCGAGAAGAGAAAGACACAGAUGUUGAAGAAGAAUCUGAAGUUGAAGAUGAAAGACCAGCAUGGAACAGUAAACUACAAUACAUUCUGGCCCAGGUUGGAUUUUCUGUAGGAUUAGGGAACGUGUGGCGAUUCCCAUACCUCUGUCAGAAGAAUGGGGGUGAGUCAACUCAUGCCUCAAAGACUGAAAAUCAGCUGGAAGAGAGUAGAGAUUUUCUGCCAACCACCAUGUUCAGGGAUAUUCUUGUAUAUGGUGCCUAUCUUUUGCCAUAUUUAAUACUGCUUCUGGUAAUAGGUAUUCCCCUUUUUUUCCUGGAACUUUCUGUGGGUCAAAGAAUUCGGCGAGGAAGCAUUGGUGUGUGGAAUUACAUAAGCCCUAAACUGGGAGGGAUUGGAUUUGCAAGUUGUGUAGUAUGCUUUUUUGUGGCUCUCUAUUACAAUGUCAUCAUUGGCUGGAGUUUGUUUUAUUUUUCUCAGUCUUUUCAGCAACCUCUACCUUGGGAUCAGUGUCCUUUGGUGAAAAAUGCUUCACACACUUUGGUAGAGCCAGAAUGUGAAAAAAGUUCUGCCACUACCUAUUAUUGGUACAGAGAAGCGCUGAAUAUUUCCAGUUCCAUUUCUGAAAGUGGGGGCUUAAACUGGAAGAUGACCGUCUGCUUACUGGCUGCCUGGGUUGUGGUGUGCUUGGCUAUGAUCAAAGGCAUUCAGUCUUCUGGAAAAAUCAUGUAUUUUAGUUCUCUGUUCCCGUAUGUGGUACUUAUAUGCUUCCUAAUCAGAGCACUCCUUUUAAAUGGUUCAAUUGAUGGCAUCCGUCACAUGUUUACCCCUGAGCUUGAAAUAAUGCUGGAGCCCAAGGUCUGGAGAGAAGCUGCAGCUCAGGUGUUCUUUGCCUUAGGUCUGGGAUUUGGUGGUGUCAUUGCCUUUUCAAGCUACAACAAGAGAGACAACAACUGCCACUUUGAUGCUGUCCUGGUGUCCUUCAUCAAUUUUUUUACUUCUAUCCUGGCAACAUUGGUGGUGUUUGCAGUUCUGGGCUUCAAAGCAAAUGUCAUAAAUGAGAAAUGCAUUGCAGAAAAUUCGGAAAUGAUCAUCAAACUUGUGAAAAUGGGCAACAUUAGUCAAGAUAUUAUUCCUCAUCAUAUCAACUUUUCAGCUGUUUCUGUGCAAGAUUAUCAUUUAGUUUACGACAUCAUUCAAAAAGUGAAAGAAGAAGAGUUUCCUGCUCUCCAUCUCAAUUCCUGUCAAAUUGAAGAUGAGCUAAACAAAGCUGUUCAGGGGACUGGUUUAGCUUUUAUUGCAUUUACAGAAGCGAUGACACAUUUCCCUGCAUCUCCCUUCUGGUCAGUGAUGUUCUUCCUCAUGCUGGUAAAUCUUGGGCUUGGCAGCAUGUUUGGAACCAUUGAAGGGAUCAUCACACCCAUUGUGGACACUUUCAAAGUGAGGAAAGAAAUUCUCACUGUUAUCUGUUGUCUUCUGGCAUUUUGUAUUGGCCUGAUAUUUGUGCAGCGCUCUGGAAAUUACUUUGUUACAAUGUUUGAUGAUUAUUCUGCUACCCUGCCUCUGCUAAUUGUGGUCAUCUUGGAGAAUAUUGCUGUAUCCUUUGUGUAUGGCAUAGAUAAGUUUAUGGAAGACCUAAAGGAUAUGCUGGGCUUUGCUCCCAACAGAUAUUACUACUAUAUGUGGAAAUAUAUUUCUCCUCUAAUGCUAUUAUCACUGCUAAUUGCUAGCAUUGUGAAUAUGGGAUUAAGUCCCCCUGGCUAUAAUGCAUGGAUUGAAGAUAAGGCAUCGGAGGAAUUUCUGAGCUACCCAACGUGGGGAAUGGUCGUCUGUAUCUCUCUAAUGGUCCUGGCAAUACUGCCCGUCCCUGUUGUCUUCAUCAUUCGUCGCUGUAAUCUUAUAGAUGAUAGUUCUGGUAAUUUAGCAUCUGUGACCUAUAAAAGAGGAAGGGUCCUGAAGGAGCCUAUAAACUUAGAGGGAGACAAUGCAAGCCUCAUUCAUGGAAAGAUAUCAAGCGAGAUGUCCUCUCCAAAUUUUGGUAAAAAUAUUUAUCGAAAACAGAGUGGAUCACCAACUCUGGAUACCGCUCCCAACGGACGAUAUGGGAUAGGGUACUUGAUGGCAGAUAUGCCAGAUAUGCCAGAAUCUGACUUGUAGCUGAAGGGCAAAAACAGUGGGUUUUAUUUGGUUCAUUUUUAUCAAUGAACAUUGGCUCUACUAAGAGAAGCGUUAGACUUCGCUUAUCAGAGGGCGAUCUCAGGUGUUCCAUGGCUGUGAUCUUUAAUCCUAACGGUGUAUCUAAAUUCAACUCGAGCAUUCCUUUGGAGUCUUUGGUUUGCAUUUGCACAGAAAGAGUCACAGACAAAGUGUACAAUAACUGGGCUCCAUGUUGGUCAGAAUUUUCAAAACUACUUUUGGUGUUUUUUCAAGGAUUCCUAUCUCUAAAAACCACAGGUGUUACCUCAGUUUCUAAUAAUUUCUGGAUGUCAUGGUAUGGGCAACUCAAAAAUGGUAUACUUCAAAAUUUAUGUUUGCCUUCAGGAUAACCCCCAGGAUUACGAUGACCAGUUCUGUAAGUUGGUGCCGCUCAGCACAUUUCCAUGAAUAUAUUGUGUAGAUAGGCUGUACUUAUUUUGGUAGCAUUGAUACCUUCUUAGGCAAUUAGUUGAAGAAAACUGCAAAAUAUUUUCUUAUGUAAUAGCUGUAUAGAGCAAUAGAAUCAAAGAAUAAGAAGGCACUAAAUGCUGGGAUGAAAGGUGAGAUUCAGAGGUGACUGGGGAUCAUGUGCGUGAUGGAUGUAUAUUUUGUGUAAAAUAUAUACGCGAAAAUGAUCUAAGAAUGAGUCACUCAGCACUCUCAAGAAUUAUGCAGAUUCUGCAUUUUUCUAUGCCGUGUGCCUAAAAACCUACUUGAUAUUUAUUGUGGUUUGAAGAUUACUCAUAGUAUAUUUAUAUAAUAUACUUGCAAUGUAUAAAGAUGUAUAUUAGUACUCUUAAGUACUGAUAUGAAAAUUUGAAGCAAGAUGGCAUUUUAUUUCAUAUCUUUCUGUUUUGCUUCUGUUUUAUGCAAAUAUAAAUCCUUUUUUAAGUGAUUGUUAAAAUUGU